UUAACAGGGGCAGCAUACCUCUUUGAGGAUGAGUCACCACGUUGUGAAGAGUCAGAAAAGUCUGGAUUGACUGUGAGGCAACAGUACACCCUCAUAUCCACUCUGUAGACAGUGAUCUGGGAAGAUGAGCUCAGAAAACAAGUGAGCUAUAUUGACAUGUCAGAGCACAGAGUGAAAUUGAAAGUUUUUCUCUCAGUCUGUGUGGGAGUGCUGUGGGUGUCCUCGGGGGCUUUCUCAGCUCUGCUAGGGGGAUGAGCUUCAACUGCCGCUGUGGUUUUGUGCCGCUCAUAUGACGUUCUCUUGGCGAAGUGGAAAAUUUGAUAACUUUCCUGUUUCUGGCCUACACAAACAAGUGUGAUAUGGUGUUUUUAUCACUUAGAGUUGAUCAUUCAGUACAUAUGAGAGGCCCCACUUUUAUGUGUUGCUGUGUCAGUCCUGGUUGAGACAUACAGUUCAUACAUUAGUUGGUGUUUGUUUAGUUUCCACAGUUACACAACACUUGUGGCUGGCCCUCUUAAGCACCUACAAAAAAAUGUUAAAUAAUUGACCACAUACAACAGAUGACAUUCCAUGUCCACAAUAGGCACCAUGUGUCAGAGAUGUUGGUCAUUUGUUUAAAAGAAAUACUGCAUUUAUUGAAAAUUUGAAAUCUGAAUCCCCAUCAGUAUUAUUUUCUGCUUCUCAUCUUAAUCCGGUCUCUGGGACUGCUCAUCUGUGAUUGUGGUUUCUGGUCUAUGCCAGUCUCCUCUCUGUAGUCUACUUUUAGUACAAGUGGUUUCAGAAGAUUAUUACUGUGACUAUAUCUGGAGUAAAUGCAUAAAACAGCUAACGAAUUAACGUGAGACGGCAGGAAGUGAAGUGUUGUUACCCAGUCAAUUGGUGCUCAAUAAUUUACUGUGAUCCCAAAUCAAAGCCACUGUGUGAACAGGGGAUUAGCGCGCGCUCCCGUCGCUUUGAAAAAGGGGGAGCGCGCUCGCGGCAUUUAAAGCCGUCAGGUCCCUGCGUCACUACUACACGCUUGUCGCGGGCGUGAGUUGAGUUUACAUUCAGGGCACGGAGUGAAAACACGCACUAAUACACACUCCGAGCGGCCGAACACACACGCGUUGCAGGGGAACGACGGGAUAAUGGCGUCUGCGAGUGUGGUGGGGCAGCACCCGGGUCCGCACAGGCUGGACUCGGAACCGCCGCUCCUCUUCUUCAAACUGCUCGGCGGCGGGAAUAAGAAGCUGCCGAGGAAGUCGUCAUGGGAGAAGCUGAUGUCCAGGAGAAGCUCAGGGAGCAGCGGGGAGUCCGGGUCCGUCACUACUGAAGGGGAAUCGGCCGCUCACCCCUCGUCUCCGGGAACAGCGGGAGACGCGGCGGCGAGAGGAGGAGUGAUGCCCGGUGAAGGAUGCGGAGCUCCGGCCGCCCCUGCUGCGCCACGUAGCCCUGACCGGGACAGACGGGAGGGCAGCUCGGGCUGCGACAGGCGCACCGCAACCGGGACUCGGCGAAGUGGAGCCGGGCACAUCACCGGUGACGGCAACUGCUACGUCCACUGUGACUCAAGCCGUAACACAGGUGGUCGGAGGGCGACUUCACUCAAGACUUCGGGCGUCAAUGACAUGCGUAGCGGGUCGGUUACGAAUGGACACAAAGGAGCGCACCGGCACCGGGACGCGCCACACGGGAGGCGAGACACCUGGAGCGGAGACAGCAGACACCGGAGCGUCUCCUCCGCCGUGCAGGUACCAGGGGAGAGCAGCGGCCUCCGACUGGAGCGGGUCACACAGGGAAGGACCGGAGUCGUCAAGCUGGCCCGCCCUGAGCCUCACCGCAGGGAGGCCUGGUCCAUCUUCCCCCAGGGGACGGACCCCCGGGUGAGGGCAGAGAAGGGCGAAGGACACAAGUUCGAGGCCAAACCCGUUACGCAGGAUUUUUGUGACGCCUGUAGCCGCCAGAUCACCGCACCGGCACUCAAGUGUCAAAACUGCAGCUACACCUGCCACCUGGAGUGCGAGAGCCGGGUCCGACUGGACUGCAACCAGCGGGACAGAGAGCCUGAACAAACCCCGUCUCCCAGAAGCCACUGCUCCUCCAUAGCCCCUCAACACAAGAAGGCUGAAGCAAAGGAGGAAGAGGAUGAAGGAACAAAGGACCUGUCAGAGGAAGAGGUGCGGACAAGGAUAGAUGAAUAUAACGCUCAAAUCUCUGAAAAUGGCAUGACACUGGCUACAGAUGGAUCCUACACAGGCUUCAUUAAGGUCCACCUGAGGCUCAGUCGACCAGUCACAGUCCCCGCUGUAGAGGCUGUGGGCUCAGAGGGAGCGUCCAGGCCAACGGGAAGCCACAACCAGGCACCGUCAGAGGGCCAGGCAGUGACAGACUGUGCGCCAAGCGAAAAGAGAACGUCGUUCUACCUACCAUGCGACUGUGUGAAGCAGCUCCACAUCAGCUCUCUGACCACCACCAGAGAGGUCAUCCAGGGCUUGCUGAAGAAGUUCAUGGUGUUGGACAAUCCCCGCAAGUUUGCGUUGUACAGGCAGACGCACCGUGACGGACAGGAUUUGUUCCAGAAACUUCCUCUGUGUGAGCGACCUCUUCUGCUGAGGUUGAUAGCAGGGCCUGACCCCGACCACCUCAGCUUUGUCCUCAAGGAAAAUGAGACUGGAGAGGUGGAGUGGCAUGCAUUCUCUGUCCCCGAGCUACAAAACUUCCUGGUAAUCCUGGAAAAAGAGGAGGCGGAGCGUGUCCGGGCAGUGGAGCAUAAAUACACCAUGUACCGACAGAAACUCCAACGGGCUAUACAACAACAUGACCCCUGACCCCCCUCACCUAUUACCUUACAACCUCAACCCAGGGGGAGACUGACCCCUUCGACCCCAUCAAGACCCGUGAUCUAAUCAGAGACUGGAGCGGGAGCUGAGCUUGUCUCCACCUACCACACGUAUACCCAAACAUACAGUACCCCCAGACACAGAUGCAUACCCUUUCUCAGGACACAUACAAGCCCCGCCCACCCUCCACAACCACCCUCCACACAUCCACUCCCUGAGGAGAGAAUCAGGGGUUUUGAAAGCGACGUGAUUGGCUCCAGCGUGUGUGGUCUGCUAGCUGAUUGGGAAAAUAGUGUUUUCGUUGCCAUGGACACACACACAGAAAGAAAGAUCACAGCAAGAUCUGAAACUCUGACUUGAAAUCUUUGGACUGAUAUUAACCAAUGGUGUUUUUAAAGAUUCCUUCUUCUUCUGCUACUGCUGCUGCUGCUACUGCAAGUGUUACUUAUGCAUGAGUCUCUCUCAGCUCAUCUCCCCUGCACAUAGAGUUAGAAGUAAAACAGAAGGCAUGGUUACUUUUCUUGGCAUCCCUUUGGGAUGGAUGGACAAUCACACUCUUUUUUUUUCUUGGAAUUGAUGUGUAAGGUUAUCACCAGAUGUAUUACGUUAUUUUCUGUUGGAAUACAAGAUGUGUGGAUUUUAUGAUGGAAGAGUUCGGGGUUGGAGGCAGAAGGCUGUGUUUUUGCUUCAGAUGCUAAAACCAGAAGAAAAGGAAAAGAUAAGAAAGCGAGAUCCAUUCUCUGAUUUCUCUCAGGGAGCACGUGUUGAGCAGAGAUAUAACAAACAAAAAAAAAACCUAAAGGAGGAAACAAACAGAAUCCCAUCUUUACACCAUGACAUCUGAGCUUUCCUUUUCCAACAUCUGCUCUCACAGACAGAAAGUUCAAUCUGACCCAGUUACCAAACCUUACUUCUUCUCAAAUGUGAGCUGUGAUUUCAUCCUCCCUCCCUUGCAUGGACUGUACUUGCAGAAGAAGCCCACUGAGUUAGACAAUCCAUAUACCUUUACAGACUUUACACUUUAUUGUGAAGACCGCUGUGAUCAUAUAUGGGCUGUGUUUGAAUGUGAGAGGGUUUUUCAACCAAAGCUUAGAGGGACAGAUAUAUUGAGAGGACUUUAAAGGGAUCUGAAAGUGAUGUAUGUAAAAAUAAAGAUUAAAAAAAUGAGCAGCUUCUGUUUUUGCACAUGUAGAUGCAGGUCACUGAAUGGCUCUUUUAUCCCCCCUUCAACUUUCCACCCAUAAAAAAAGUCAUAAAACAUAUAUAUGAAAAUUCAUGAUAAUGGCUAUGAUGUACCAAUGAUGUGUUUGCCAUGCAUAUGUAUUAUGUAGACACUGGAAAAAGAGUGACAAAGUUUAACUUUGUUGUUAUUCUGAUGAAUAUGAAUAUUCUUUUGGUAUCAUUCCUACUGGUUAAUGCGUGUGUGUCUGUGUGUGUGUGCGCGCGCGCUCAUCUAGGACUGUGAGGAUGAUAUGAGUAGUGUUUCAUACUGAGUGUGUCAUCAGCUCUCCCUCAUCGGGCCUCACGUGUUCAGUAUUAAAACAUGCAGUGACUGCACAUGUAACAUAGUUCAUUAAAACUGCAAAAUGGGGUUGUUUCGGAGAAGAUAUUUGGCGUGCAUGCAUCAUAAAAUGAGCGCAUUUUAACCAAAGCAUUUACUGUCAACAUCUUCCACACACACAUUUUAUUUGGUAUGACAUAAAUACUGAUAAAUGAGGCCCCUUGUCCAUAAGCACAUGCUUCUCAUUAAACCCAAAACCUACUUUGUUUUUUUAACACCGCCACCCAAAACCCAGGCUGUUCCUGCUGGCAGUGCCUUUUGUUUCAUGUGCCCCUGUGUUUCAAUGUAAGGUGUGAGUAAGCACGCAGGUGCCUGAGAGUGUAUGUCAGGAUUCUUUUGCAUAGUGUGCAAAUCUGUGUUUCUCGGGUGGUGCUGUAUAUGUAACUUUUCUUUUUUCCCCUUAACUUUUGACACAUUUGUCUUUCCAACAAACCCUCUGUGUGUGUGAGUGGGUUUGUGUGUGUGUGUGUGUGUAUGUGUGAAAUGCGUGUUAUUUAUUUCAUGGUCCACCUCAUUCAUAUGAUAUAAUGUUGAGGAUGUUGAGACUUGAUGCUUUUUUGCAGUUUAUUUGUUUUAAUUGAAGAAGUGUGUAUAAAUAUAGCAGUAGAACUGUACAGAAUAACAAAAUGAAAUAAAAAGGUCAUCCCCUUUACUGAAAUGUU